AUGAAGGAACUUUAAAAGGAAUUUGAAAAUCGUGGAGAGAAGCAGAGAUAAAAAUUUUUGAGACAUUUAUAUGGGAUGCUUGAUGUACUGAUAUCUAAUAUUAGAUAGAAUCCCAAAAAUGAAUAGAUCAUAACAUGGUGUGAACAUGGGUUUGUAAUAUAGAAUGUCGAUGAAUUUAAAACCUAAUUGCUCCCUACCAAUUUCAAACACAAUAAUUACUAGAGUUUCAUGAGAUAACUCAAUAAAUAUGGAUUCAAAAUAAAAUCUAAAGAAAAUUAAAAAGCUUAUUUCACUCAUCCUACAAUUAGGGAGUAAAAGAGGGAAACAAAGAGAGUUUUGACCAUCAAGAAGAAUUCUUAGAAAUUGGAUUACAAAAAUGAAUUAAAAAUUUUAAAGGCACAAUUAGACGAUCUCAAAGAAGGACAAAGGAUCUUAAAUAAGUAGUUUUAACUUUCGAUUAAAAUCAUGAUGAAAUUACAAUCCCAUUAUGCUCGAUUGAAUAUGAUGACUUUGCAUACAGUUGGGUUUGCAAACAUUUUUGGGAAUCUCAUGUACACAAAUCAUAAGAAAAUAUGGGGAAAUAUAGGAGGAGACCUUUUCCAGUUCUAACUAAAUUCAAUAGUCCAAGGGUUCCCUGAACUUCUGGAUACAAAGUUACAAACUCCCAUAAUGAGCAACUUAGGAACUCCAUUGCCUUUUUAUCAAUUUUUUGGCUAGAUGAAGGAAUUCACAAACUUACUUCUUUAGUGA